AUAGCACUCCUAAACAAAACUUAAAAUAGAAUCCUUCACUCUUAACUAAUUGAGUCAGCUCUUGAUAGGAAGGUUUUUUUCCCCUUUUUGUUCACUCGCGAGUCGCCAACCCACUCGUUUCUACAAGUACCACUCUUUUGACCAACUAUUUACUUUUACCUUUGGCAAAUUACUUCCUAAACAUAACCAUCAAAUCCUUAGCCGUUCCAAGAAUUAAAACUCACAUCAAUCUUUUUACAAACACACAUUUUGUUCGAAUGGUUGUUGAUGAUUGGUCCUAUUGGUUCUCUGCAGCUUCAGAGCAUAAAUUUAAUGCAGACGAUUUUUAUUGGGGAUUCGAUAAAUUCAUCCCUCACAAGGAAUUGCGUGAUCUUGGAAAGGGUUAUUUGGUGGAAGACACAUGCAUAAUUGAGGCUGAUGUUACAGUAUUCGAAGAUGUAGCUGGUGAAUCACAGCGCUCAAGCAAAGAUACCAGUAAUGUAGCUAAAGAAGACCCAAGUCAAGAAAAUAUGAAUGCAUUCUUCGCAAGGAUUUCUAGUAGUAAAAAUAUUUCGUCAAAAGAAGAAGUAGAAGAAGCUCUGACACUGAUAGAGAACACCUAUCCAACUACCUUAAAAUUACUAACUAUGAAGGAAAAAUUUAGUGACUUGCCUGAGAGAGCAGCCACAGCAACAAAGGACAAGAUUAUGUGUACAAACAAGGAAUUUGUUAAGGUGACACUUGGUCGCAAACUGGAGAGGUGUCUAAUUGAGUUUAGAAAGGCUAAGGAAGAGACCAAGCAGCAGGAACGGAGCAUUGCCACCCUUCAGUUGCAAGCUAAGGUCCUUCUUGCCCAAAUUGAGGAGGCUCCGAAGAAGAAAGACAAUCUCUUAUCCGAGCAGAAAGAAAUGUUUGAACUUUCCAGGGACCUGAAAGCUGAACUUGAUGUGUUAGAAAAACAGUGGCCAGAAUAUGAAGCAAAGACGAAAGCUGCUGAAGAGGAGGAGAAGAAAGUUAGUACAGAAUGGCACAAAAUGAAACAAUUUGUUUUAUCUCUAAAGACUCCUUUUUACUCAUCUGAUCUAAAGCCAUGCUCUAUGUAAGAGGUGCUGUACGAAUGUUUUUAUUUGAGUCAAGUAAUACUGGAGUGGUAAAACUUUCUUUAAUUCAAAAAAAAAAAAAAAAAGUCAAUCAUCAUCACUACGCACACAUGGGAAAACGUAUCAAUGAAAAAAAAACAUAUAAAAGCAAGCAAGCAACAUGAAGAAGCAUAGAACUCGGCCUAAGGACAGAAUAAGUAGCAGAUGCUCUU